CAAAAUUUUUAAAAAACAUCUUUUUUUUUUUUUCUAAGAAAAAAAAAAAUACAACAACAGCUUUCACCCUUCAUAAUUAUAUGAAUAUUGCGUUCAAUUUAAUUACUUCCGGUCUUUUGGCAUUUGAUAAAACAUAUAUCGACAACAUCUUAAUCAAGUAACAACACAUCUUUUUAAUAAUAAUCAUACUUUACAUAUAAACAAUGGCUACAUCAUUUGGUCUUACCGCUCCCCCAGCAACUUCCUCUCGUGGUGGUUCUGCUGUCAAGGUCUCUGAAGAAAUCUUGGCUCAUGUUCCUCUUGUUGACGUCAAAAAGGUUCUCAUCGUUGGAUCCGGUGGUCUUUCUAUCGGUCAAGCUGGUGAAUUCGAUUACUCUGGUUCCCAAGCAAUCAAGGCGUUAAAAGAAUCUGGCAUUCAAACUAUCUUGGUUAACCCCAACAUCGCCACUAUCCAAACCUCUCACACAUUAGCAGAUAAAGUCUAUUUCUUGCCUGUCACUUGUGAAUAUGUCUCCAACAUUUUAGAACGUGAGCGUCCAGACGGUAUUCUCUUGACCUUUGGUGGUCAAACCGCUUUAAAUUGUGGUAUCGAAUUAGAUCGUUCAGGUAUUCUCAAGAGAUUAAACAUUAAAGUCCUCGGUACACCUAUCCAAACCCUCAUCACCUCUGAGGAUCGUGAUUUGUUCGUCAAAGCUUUAAACGAAAUCGAUAUUCCCGUCGCUCAAUCCACAGCUGUGGAUAGUGUAGAUGAAGCUUUAAAGGCCGCUGCUGUGAUUGGUUAUCCAGUCAUUGUUCGUUGUGCUUUUGCUUUAGGUGGUCUUGGUUCAGGUUUUGCAGAUAACGAAACUCAGUUACGUACAUUGGCCACCAAAUCAUUGGCUCUUGUUCCUCAACUCUUGGUUGAGCGUUCCAUGAAGGGUUGGAAGGAAGUUGAAUAUGAAGUCAUGCGUGAUGCUGCUAAUAACUGUAUUACUAUCUGUAACAUGGAGAACUUUGAUCCUCUUGGUGUUCAUACUGGUGAAUCCAUUGUGGUUGCUCCCUCUCAAACAUUAUCUGAUGAAGAAUACCAUAUGCUUCGUACUGCUGCCAUUAAAAUCAUUCGUCACUUGGGUGUCGUGGGUGAGUGUAACGUUCAAUAUGCGUUAAACCCUAGAAGUUUAGAAUACAAGGUUAUUGAAGUCAAUGCUCGUCUCUCUCGUUCUUCUGCUCUUGCUUCCAAGGCUACCGGUUACCCUCUUGCCUUUAUUGCUGCCAAGAUUGGUCUCGGUCAUACUUUACCCAGUCUUCAAAAUGCCGUCACUAAAACCACGACCGCUUGUUUCGAACCUUCGCUUGAUUAUGUCGUCACCAAGAUUCCUCGUUGGGAUCUUGCCAAGUUUCAAUACGUCGAUCGUCACAUUGGUUCUGCCAUGAAAUCGGUUGGUGAAGUCAUGGCUGUGGGUCGUACCUUUGAAGAGAGUUUACAAAAGGCGAUUCGUCAAGUCGAUCCUGGAUUCCAGGGCUUUGAUUGUCUCCCCCAAGAGUUUGAAGAUGUGGAUGAUGUCUUGCGUGACCCUACCGAUCAACGUUUGUUUGCUUUAGGUCAAGUGAUGUUGAACAAGGAUCAAGCUAUCCGUGAAAAAUACACGGUUGAACAUUUAAACAAAUUAACCAACAUUGAUAAGUGGUUCCUUUACAAGUUGAAAAAGAUUGCUGAUAUUCAAUUGGGUUUGAUCGAUCAAGCUGGUGUUCCCUUGGAAGAUUUACCUACCGAUUUGAUCAAGAAUGCCAAGAAGUCUGGUUUCUCUGAUAGCAAGAUUGCUUCCUUGAUUGGAUCUCAAGAAUUACAAGUACGUGCUAUGCGUAAGUCCUUGGGUAUUAUUCCCAAUGUCAAGCGUAUUGAUACUGUUGCUGCUGAAUUCCCUGCUCAAACCAAUUACUUGUAUACCACCUACAACGCUUCCACGAACGAUGUCACCUUUGAUGAUCAAGGCACCAUGGUUUUGGGUUCUGGUGUUUAUCGUAUUGGUUCUUCUGUCGAAUUCGAUUGGUGUGCUGUCUCUUGUUCUCGUGGUUUACGUGCAUUGGGUGAAAAGACAGUGAUGGUCAACUACAACCCUGAAACUGUCUCUACCGAUUUCGAUGAAUGUGAUCGUUUGUAUUUCGAAGAACUUUCGUUUGAACGUGUGAUGGAUAUUGCUGAAUUAGAGUCUGCUAAGGGUGUUGUUGUGAGUGUGGGUGGACAAUUGCCUCAAAAUAUUGCCUUAAAGUUACAUCAAAACAAAUUAAAUGUGUUGGGUACCUCCCCUCUCAUGAUUGAUGCCGCUGAGGAUCGUUUCCAAUUCAGUAAGAUGUUGGAUAAGAUUGGUGUUGAUCAACCUGCUUGGAAGGAAUUAACGAGUGUUGAAGCUGCUUUUGAGUUUGCUCAAGAUGUGGGUUACCCUGUUCUUGUUCGUCCCUCUUAUGUUCUUUCUGGUGCUGCUAUGAACGUUGCUUAUACACCCGAGGCUCUUCGUCAUAACUUGACUGAUGCUACUAACGUCUCACCUCUUCACCCCGUUGUCAUUACUAAAUUCAUUGAAAACGCACAAGAGAUUGAUGUUGAUUCUGUUGCUAGUGAAGGUGUUGUCUUGACCCAUGCUGUCUCUGAGCACGUUGAAAAUGCUGGUGUUCACUCUGGUGAUGCUAGUUUGAUCUUGCCUCCUCGUGAUUUAACCAAGAACACGAUGGAUCGUCUCAAGGAAAUUGCUGAUAAGGUCGCUCAUGCGUUUGAAAUCACGGGUCCCUUUAAUAUGCAAAUUAUCAAGCAAGAGAUUCCUGGUCAAUUGGAACCUAACUUGAAGGUCAUCGAAUGUAACUUACGUGCUUCUCGUUCUUUCCCCUUUGUUUCCAAGGUACUGGGUGUCAACUUUAUUGAUGUUGCUACCCGUGCUCUUGCCAAGAAGGAAGUUCCCCAACCUGUCAAUUUGAUGGCUAAGGAUUACCCUUACCAAGCUAUCAAGGUACCUCAAUUCUCUUGGACUCGUCUUGCAGGUGCUGAUCCUUUCUUGGGUGUGGAGAUGGCCUCUACUGGAGAAGUAGCUUGUUUCGGUAAAGACAAGUAUCAAGCUUUCUGGGCCGCUAUUCAAUCUACCCAAAACUUCCGUAUCCCUCAACGUGGAGAAGGUGUAUUGAUUGGUGGAGAUGAAGUGACGGAUAAGAAGGAUUAUAUCCAUGUAGCCAAGACCUUCCAUAACGAGUUGGGUCAUCCUAUCUUUGUACCUACCCAACAAGACAAGACCUUUUUGGAAGCGAACGGUGUACCUUGUGUGUGUUUACCUAUUGCCUCUUGUGCUGAAGAUAAACGUGUGUUGAACAAACUCUUCAAGGACAAUGAUAUUGAUUUCGUGGUUCAUUUAGCCAAGAUUCGUGCUCCCGAUCAAUUGGAUGAAGGUUAUGUCUGUCGUCGUGCAGCUGUUGAUUUCGGUAUUCCUCUCUUGAACGAUAGUAAGGUAGCUGCACUCUUUGUGGACUCUUGUGUUCGUUAUAGAACCGAUCGUCCUCAUACUGCUUCUGAAAUUCCCGAUGAGGUUAAGGCUUGGAGUGAAUACGUUGAUGCUAAAAUCUAAAUUUAGACCAUUUUUUUUAUUUUCUGUAUAUAUAAUUGUUUUU